AUGGCACUUAAUCCUCCUGUAUUGUCAAAUAGUCUCCCAGCUCCUGUCAAUGGAGAAUACAUGGUCCUUUCCCGCUCAGAUAUUGACGCAGAAAUAACACUUGAUAAUGGAAACAAAUAUAAAGGAAAAGGCGAUUUAUACCUGACCACAGCCAGACUUGUAUUUGUGAAUAGAAAAGGUGGAAACAUGCAAAGUUUUGAUGUGCCGCUGGCCCUUAUGAGCCAUGAAAAGUUCAAACAGCCUAUAUUUGGGGCAAAUUAUAUAAAUGGGAAGGUCGAGCCUUUGUAUGGGCUGAUUCCUUGUCCUGCAGAAUUUAAAUUUUGGUUUAUGUCGGGAGGGACUGGAACUUUUUUGCCAUUAUUUUAUAGCACUGUGGAUCAGAUCAGAAAAAGAAGAAGUCAGGGGCAUUCAGGACCUGAUCCGAGAUUUAUUCAGUGUGUGGCGGCAGGGCAGCUGAGAAAUGUAGCAUAUGUCGAUCCGAAUGACCCGAGCACGAUUUUUGUACAGCAGCCACAACAGGCUGGACCUGGUUCUCAGCAGGGGGUUAAUUAUUAUUUUCCGGGAGCUCCAAAUGCGCAACCUCCUGCACAGGUGUAUCCGGUGCAGCCACCUCCUCAAUAUCCUCCUAAUUAUCAACAAGGGCAGUAUCAGCAAGCGCCUCAAUAUCAGCAACCACCUCAAUUCCAGCAGCCUCAAUAUCAGCAAGCUCCUCAAUAUCAGCAGGCUCCUCAAUAUCAGCAGAUACCUCAAAAUCAAGCUUCACAAUUUCAGCCACCACCUCAAUCUCAGCCUCCCCAAUAUCAGCAGCCUCAAUAUCCCCCUCAGCAAUAUCAGCAGAUACCUCCUCCAGCGAGUUACCCUCAAAAUCAGCCUCAACAAGGACCUUAUCCUCAGCAGCCAUAUCAACAGCCUCCUCCGUCUAACUAUCAGCCACCUCCACCAGGUCAGUUCUAUCCCCCUCCUCCUCCCUCAAAAUAA